ACUUAUGCAAAGUUAAUAUCACAAACGGCAGCCCGUUCCUUGCGGUGAAAAUUGUACUUACCACUUUCAUAGCCCCAGUUAAGAAGAUACCCAUGUAUCUUUAUUAACAGGCGCCUAACAACUUUGCAUCAUUUAAAAUGCUUCCCCUGCCUAUUAGCUGAUGAUGGCCUCAGGAAGGUGGACCUGGAAGAUAACAGCUAGCAGGCUGAGGCCAGACACUAGCACUUGCAGUUGUCCUUGGUGGUUUUUUUGCACUGACUUGGGGAGCCAGCUCAUGAUCUCAGGAUGUAUGGAAAAAUAAUCUUUGCAUUACUAUUGUCAGUUUUUACUGAAGAAGUAAGAUUGUCACUAGCAGAUGAAGCCACAGUUGAGCAGAUACUGACCACGAGCCCAGCCAAUCCUGGUGCUGACGGAGUUUCAGAAUCUUCUGGUAGAAACCAUUUACGUCCAGACCAGAAAAACGGAGAAAGGCAGCAACUUAUGCAUGAUUUCUCUGAACCAGUGAUAACACUCAUUAUUUUUGGGGUGAUGGCUGCUGUCAUUGGAAAGAUCCUCUUUAUUUCUUACUGUAUUCGCCGGCUGAGAAAGAAAAGCUCAUUUGAUGUACAACCUCACUCCUCACCUGACACAGAUGUGCCUUUAAGUUCUGUUGAAAUAGAAAAUUCAGAGAAAGUUGAUUAAUGAGAAUCUGUUCACCAAACCAAAUGUGGAAAGAACACAAAGAAGACAUAAGACUUCAGUCAAGUGAAAAAUUAACAUGUGAAUUGGACACUCCAAUAAAUUAUAUACCUAAAUUGUACAAUUUCAGAAUGCAAUUUUCAUUAUAAUGAGUUCCAGUGACUCAAUGAUGGAAAAAAAAAUACUCUACUCAUUAAUAUUUCGUGAUAAAUAACAAAUGUUUCCUUGCAUCUUUGUUUUUGUAUGUUAGCAUAAUUUUUAGAAUUGAUUGAGGAUUCUGAUCCAAAACUUUAGUUGAAUUCAUUUACAUUUGUUUAAUACUAACUUAAUCUAUUCUAUUGUAUUGUAAUAAUGGUGCUGUCAAAUGAAAGGCUUGAAAUACCUAGAUGAAGUUUAGGUUUUCUUCCUAUUGUAAACUUUUGAGUCUGGUUUCAUUGUUUUAAAUAAAUUAAGGGGACACUAAAGUCCUAUCAUUUAUUUCCUUCAUUGCUGAACAGGCAAGAUAUAAUAGUACAUGAAUGAUGAUGAUGAUAUACUAUUACAUGAAUGAUGAUGUUAUUUUGUUCACACAAAGCUUGAUAAAAUUUAAAAGAAAUUUCUAGAUAUAGAGACUAAGUUCCUGGCAACUGAAAUUUAUUUUUUAAUAAAUUAAAAAAAUCAAAUUUUAACCUAUUUGCUUCUUCAGAGAGUGUGUUUGUACUAAAUGACUACGUAAAAUAAAAAAUGAGACUAACAAGGGAACAAUUCUUCAUACGUGUUUUUUAAAAGUAAUUUUAAGAGGAUUAUUAGGUUAAUUUAAUCCAAUUAAUGAUCCAAAUGCCAAGAUAAUUUUAAAUUUACAUUUUUAAUAAAAACAACAUGUUGAAACAAGAGAGCAUGAGAUUAACCUUUUCGCUAAAGUAAUUUACAAUUCAAAGACGAGAAGAGAUCAGAGUGAAUGUGCCAUCUUAACCAGAGCUACAGAAUUUAGUGAAUAAUUAAAGUACAAAUUACUUUAACCUCCUUGAACUUUUCCAAGCAAUUUCUCUGUACUUCUAUAUAUGAAUGUCUUAGCCCAUUUUCUGCUACAAUAACAGAAUACUACAGACUGGGUAAUUUAUAAAGAAAAAAAAAUAUUUUCUUCCUAGUUUUGGAGGCUGAGAAGGCCAAGGGCAUGGCACUGACAUCUACCUUGUAUCUGAUAAGGACCUUCUUACUGCAUGAUAACAAAGAAGAAAGGCAAGCAAAAGUUUAAGAUGAAGAGAGAGGAAAUGAAGCCAAGCACAUCCUUUUAUCAGAAGCGCAUUCCCUGUAGAAGGCAUUAGUCCAUUUAUGAGAAUGGAGCCCUCAUGACCUAAUCAUGACUUUAAAGGCCCUUCCCAACACUGUUACAAUGGCAAUUAAAUUUCAACAAAGUUUCCAGAGGUGACAUGCAAAUCAUAGCAAUGAACUUUUCAUAGUUAAAUUUGGUAUUUGUCGGGGAAGAAAUGAUCAUUUCCCUUCUAU